AUGGGAACUAUAUGUUCUGGAUUUGGGCUGGGGCUUUUGCUAUUUGGCUCGAUCUUUCUGUUCAGCGCCAAUGCCGAUGAAGGAGUUCAAAGCUCACGAAUUCUGGCCGUUUUUCCCUUUCCCGGCCGAUCGCAGUACAUAUUCGCCGAACAGUAUCUCAAGGAACUGGCCCGUCGGGGUCAUAAUGUCACCGUGAUCAACACUUUUGGCAACGAAGAAAACGAUCCCAACUUUCAUGUGAUUGGUGCCAAAAAAAUACACGAAAUAAUGGCAGCAUUUGGAAAUAUGGACUACAAUCAGGAGGCAAGCCAAUGGAAAGUUUUGACCAUGACCACCGAGUUCCUCAAUCUCCUGACUUCAAGUGUUUUGGACGAUCCAGCUGUAAAGGAAUUGUUGGCCAGUUCGCAGAGUUUUGAUCUGGUCGUUUUGGAAACGGUUCAAAACGAGGCGCUGUUUGGCCUGGCCCAGCAUUUUGGGGCCCAGACCAUAGGAAUUUCGUCGUACGGCACCGAUAUUCAUAUCGAUGAGUUAAUGGGCAAUACAUCGCCAUUAUCCUACAAUCCCUUGUUGCUGUCAUCGAGAACAGAGCGAAUGGGUUUCGAGGAUCGUUUGCGAAAUGUGUGGGAGGCAUCCAUCAUCUGGCUGCACAAGAGAAUUAUCCACCUGCCCACUCAGCGGGAUUUGUAUGCGAAAUACUUUCCAAAUGCCAGGAAAUCGUUGAAGGAAGUUUUGGAUAGCUUUUCGCUCAUGCUGCUGGGCCAGCACUUUUCGCUGAGCUAUACAAGACCCUAUUUGCCCAACAUGAUCGAGGUGGGUGGUCUGCACUUGCAACAGCAGCGAAAGAGUCAGCCUUUACCAGAAGAAUUGGCAAAAUUUGUGGAGCAAUCCCCCCAGGGAAUUAUAUACUUCUCAAUGGGCUCCAAUAUUAAGAGUGCAGAUUUACCAGCGGCAACCCGACAAGUUCUAAUGGAAACAUUUGCCAGUCUGCCUCAACGUGUUUUGUGGAAAUUCGAGGACGACCAGCUGCCUGAAAAGCCUCCGAAUGUGUUUAUAAGCAAGUGGUUUCCCCAACCAGAUAUCCUGGCACAUCCGAAUGUGAAGCUAUUCAUCACCCACGGAGGACUACUAAGCACCAUUGAGAGUAUUUACUUUGGCAAGCCCGUCUUGGGUCUGCCAGUCUUCUACGAUCAGCACUUGAAUGUGCAGAGGGCCAAACAGGCGGGAUAUGGUCUCAGUGCGGAUUUGUGGAGUGCUAAUGCCACAGGACUGACCUCCCUUAUUCAGGAACUUUUGAGUAGUCCCAGCUAUGCGGCAGCAGCACAAAUUAAGUCCAAGCUAUUCCGCGAUCAAAAGGAAACCGCCUUGGAGCGAUCGAUUUGGUGGACCGAAUACGUGCUAAGGCACAAGGGCGCCACCCACUUGAGAUGUGCUGCCCGGGAUCUGGACUUCAUUCAGUUCCACGGACUGGACGCCUGGGGACUUCUACUCGCAGUCACUCUUGUCUCUAUACUGAUCUUCGUGAUUCUACUACGCUAUCUUCUGAGGGGACUCUGUUAUGUCAUCUCAAAACGUCGGGGGGCGUCGAGUAAAUUGAAGACCCAGUAACCAAUUAAAGUCCAUUAACUAGUCAAGUUUAUGCCGCCACCGAUAAAUUUGUAUUGUUGUAUUGUAUUUGUUUUAUUAUUAACGUUUGUGUAAAGGUACGUUUGAAAUUAGUUGUUCUGUUACUAGCACUUAUUAGUAUAAUAAUAUUAAAUGAAGUUGUAAUCCAUAUUAAA